AUGGAUAUUAUAGAUUGGAAAGAAAAUAGAAGAAGAUUGAUGUCUAACAGAAUUCUGACUAGUCUAUCUGUGACUGAGAUUCCAUGGACUGUACCUCAGUUCGGAUAUUAUAAAGUUAACUUUGAUGCCUCUUUUUAUAAGUUGAAUAAAAGUAUGGGAGCUGGACUAAUAAUAAUUGAUGAUGCAGGUGGAUUUCAAGGGGCAGGGAGCAUACCAUCAGUAGCAGAAGAUGAGGAGCAGGCGGACGCAUUAGCUGCAUAUGAAGCAACCAAGAUGGCAAGGACGAAAGCGAUUACAAAUUUACAACUGGAGGGAGAUUGUGUUGGUGCAGUCAAUGAUCUGAAUGGAAAACAAGGCUCUAUAAGGUGGACAACUAAUUCAAUUAUCAGACUGUCUUGA